UUAUUUUUGUAGAGACGGGCUCACUGUGCUGCCCAGGCUGGUCUUAAACUCCUGGCCUCAGGCAGUUCUCCUGUGUAAGCCUUCUAAAGUUCUGGGAUUACAGGUGUGAGCCACUGGGCCCAUCCAGGGUUUAGUAGUCUUUCCAUUAUCCAUAUCAAAACCUUUUGUUGCAUGGACCUAUUAAUUGGGUAUACAUUUAUUAAUACCUUCUGUGCUCUAGUUAAGAGAGAAUUUGAAGAUGAAAACAGAACCUACUGCCCAGGUUAGGGGCUUUUUCUUUAGUCCUGUUCAGUCUAAUAUGGUAGCUACCAGCCAGUUGUGACUCUGGGCACUUGAAAUUUGACUAGUCCAAAUCGAGACAUGUUGUAAGAGUAAAAUACAUACCAAUUUUGAAGAACAAAAAAGAAUUGAAAACAAUCUCGUUAAUAUACUUUUGUAUUGAUUAUAUGCUGAGAAUAUUUUGGGCAUAAUGGGUUAAAUAUUAAUUUCACUUAUUUGUUUUUACUUUUAAUGUGGCUACUAGAAAAAUUUAAAAUUACAUAUGUGGCUCACAUAUUUCUGUUGUCCAGCCCUGGUCUAAUGGUUAAAAAAAAUAAUUACAACUGUGUGAUAACUGGCAGUGGUAUAUAUAAGUAAAGAGCUAUGAGAAAACAGAAAUUCCUUAACUGUGUGAGGAGGUCAAGAUUUCUUGCAUGAGAUGACAUUUCAGCUGAGUCUUGAAGGAUGUGUUACCCUUCAGAGGCAGAAGAACUGGGGAUGGAUAGAAGUAGCAUCCCAGAAAAACUUGUUAAGAACAAGAACUUUGAAGGGUGGAUUCGUUCAGUCCGAUCCCAGAAGGAAGUCUUAUUCCUGCAUGUAAAUGAUGGGUCAUCUUUGGAAAGCCUUCAGGUUGUUGCAGAUUCAAGCUUUGACAGUAGAGAAUUGGCUUUUGGGAGUUCUGUGGAAGUCCAAGGGCUGCUGGUAAAAAGUCCAUCCAAAAGGCAAAAUGUGGAACUGAAGGCAGAAAAAAUUGAAAUUAUUGGAAAUUGUGAUGCUAAGGCUUUCCCUAUCAAAUAUAAAGAGAGGCAUCCUCUGGAGUACCUGAGACAGUAUCCUCACCUUAGGUGUAGGACUAAUGUCCUGGGUUCUAUACUGAGGGUUCGCAGUGAAGCUACAGCUGCUAUUCAUUCUUUCUUUAAGGACAGUGGCUUUGUGCAUAUUCAUACCCCAAUAAUCACAUCCAAUGACUGUGAGGGGGCUGGAGAACUUUUUCAAGUUGAACCUUCAAGCAAAAUAAAGUUACCUGAGGAGAAUUUCUUCAAUGUUCCUGCUUUCUUAACUGUCUCAGGACAACUUCAUCUAGAAGUGAUGUCAGGAGCUUUUACUCAAGUGUUUACCUUUGGUCCAACAUUCCGAGCUGAAAAUUCUCAGACCCGAAGACACCUGGCAGAGUUUUAUAUGGUAGAAGCAGAAAUUUCUUUUAUUAAGAGCCUUCAAGAUCUCAUGCAGGUUAUGGAGGAACUCUUCAAGGCUACAACAGUGAUGGUUCUCUCAAAUUGUCCUGAAGAUGUUGAACUCUGUCACAAAUUCAUAGCUCCUGGCCAAAAGGACAGAUUAGAACAUAUGCUAAAAAACAACUUUUUAAUCAUUUCUUACACCGAAGCAGUGGAGAUCUUAAAGCAGGCAUCCCAGAACUUCACCUUCACCCCAGAGUGGGGUAUUGAUCUACAGACUGAACAUGAAAAGUACCUAUUGAAGCACUGUGGCAACAUACCAGUCUUCAUCAUUAAUUAUCCAUUGGCACUCAAGCCUUUCUACAUGAGAGAGAAUGAAGAUGGCCCUCAACACACAGUUGCUGCUGUUGAUCUUCUGGUUCCCGGGGUUGGGGAACUCAUUGGAGGAAGCCUCAGGGAGGAACGGUACCAUGUUUUAGAGCAGCGCUUGGCCAGAUCAGGACUUAAAGAAGUCUACCAAUGGUAUCUGGACCUUCGUCGAUUUGGAUCUGUGCCACAUGGAGGUUUUGGGAUGGGAUUUGAACGCUACCUGCAGUGCAUCUUGGGAGUUGAAAAUAUCAAAGAUGUUAUCCCCUUUCCAAGAUUUACUCAUUCAUGUCUUUUAUAGCUGGACGAUUCGUUAAGGAAAACAUUGCAGAGGCACACAUGAAUAUGCAUAUAGGAAAAUGCAUGUUUGGGUUUUAGAAAUGCAGGUUUCAAUAUGUAAUUGUCAUACCAUGAGAUGUAACAUAUGAAAAAUAUAAGCGAUCAUGAUUUUCUUAGAAAGUUGAGGGCAUUUCUUAAAAGUAUGAACUUCCUCAAGAAGAGGUACUUAUAGCAAGUGGACUCUCAAAUCUAUUACCUCAAGAAGAAAUGAAGAAAUUGAACUAGAUGGUCUCAGAAGUCCUUUCAAACUCUAAAACAGGAUGAGAAUAGUGUAUUUUACUUUGUCUUUAAUCAUUAGAUCACUUCCCUGUGUAACUUUUAAGAAACAACUAGUAGCUAAAAAUAAAAUGUUUUUAGAUGUUUU